GCCAUCUCGUACCCCGGGUCUUCGUUUUCCUCUACGAGAUUGGAUCUGURCUGGUCUCUUGUUAUAGCACUUUUAUAUACAUCGAUUUUAAUGGUAAUUUCUGUCCAAGAUGCAAAGCAAAAAGGAUUUUGUUCCACAUAGUCAUACCCCAUAUGGCUCCGAUGGAUCAGGUUACUACUCAGACAAUACCAUUGGGUGUUACAAAGUUAUUUUAGAAGGACUUCCACUGGUUCUCCAAGUCAUCAAGCAGAGUAUUGUUAAACCUGGCUCUGUAUUCACCAUAGUGGAUUAUGGUACAGCUGAUGGAGGAACAUCAAUGCCUUUGAUGUAUGAAUCAGUGAAGGCAAUACGAGAAAAGUAUGGAGAAGAAAUGCCAAUCACUAUCAUCUAUGAAGAUCAACCAAUSAAUGAUUUCAAAUCACUGUUUAUGAGGUUACAAGGUCUUAUUCCUGGAUCACCCUCCUACCUGAACAAAUUUCAAAAUGUAUUUGUACUGGCUUGUGGUACAAACUUCUAUAGCCAGUGUGUUCCAAACAACAAUGUUCACCUGGGAUUCUCAGCUACCAGCGUGCACUGGCUGAAGGACAAACCUUGUCACAUCACAGGAGCACUCCAUCACACAAUGAUCACUCGCCAAGAGGAAAAAGAAAAGUUCUCCAAACAAGCAGAGAAAGACUGGGAACUUAUUUUAUUAAAAAGAGCUGAUGAAUUAGUGCCAGGUGGACAAUUGGUUUUUAUACAGUUUGCUGUUGAUGAACAAGGUCAAUCUGUUGGCCACACUAAAAGCACCAAGGUGUCAUUGCAUCAUCAGAUGUGCAACCUGUGGCAAGAACUUGUCAAUGAGGGAAUAAUAACUCAGGAAGAAUUCAACCACACAACACUUUUCAACUAUUACCGAACCAUGGAAGAGUUCAAAAAACCUUUCACUGAUCCUGAUUCACCUGUCCGUCGCAAGGGCCUGGAGUUGGUUUCCAUAGAAACACGCAUGGUCCCAUGUCCAUAUAGAGAGAAAUGGAUGAAAGAGAAGGGUGAUCCUCAAGA